CAUCCAUACAUAUUCAGGAUUGAAUUGUAAGUGAAAGAAAAUGGCAACAUUUAAAAUUAUGAAAAUCUAUUACGUUAUUUUCUUCUUAAACAUCGCAUUAAGUUCCUGUGAUGUAACAUAUUUCACGGAUGAGGUUCACAGUUUUUCGGCUGAUAAAGAAAAUAUUUACGAUAUUUUUUCGGGCGACAAUGAUAACAAAUACGAUGUUUUCUCCGGCGACAAACAGGAGUUUGAAGAAUCAUCGUGUGACAUAGACGAGUUCGAUGUAUUUUCCGGUGAUGACAAGUUUGAUGUUUCAUCGGGCGACAAAGAGGACGAGUUUGACAGUUUCUCAGGUGACAAACAGGAGUUUGAAGAGUCUUCGGGUGACAAUGAGUUUGAUGUUUUUUCUGGCGACAAGCAAGAGUUUGAAGAGUCUUCGGGUGACAAUGAGUUUGAUGUUUUUUCUGGCGACAAGCAAGAGUUUGAAGAGUCUUCGGGUGACAAUGAGUUUGAUGUUUUUUCUGGCGAUGAAGAGAAUGAACUAGAGGUAUCGGGUGACCUGAAUGAAUCUGUCAUGUCUUCGGAAAACGACACCACAUAUGGUAUAGAGCUUAGCUGGUCGCCAUCUUUGCUGACGAUGUCCGGUUUGGGAUUAUUCUGCAAGAUUAGCUCUUAAAUAUGUAAUUCCAUAUUAGUUGUAGCAGAAAUAAAUAAUUAAAAAAG